GCAGUUGCUUACGCCAUCCUAUCGGACGCAUUAAACCUAAGGCUUUAUAUGGUCUCGUGCAUUAUUAGUGGUUUAUUAACAAGGUGUGCCACUCUAAGAUCGUUACCUCGGCUGUCAUGCUUAUAUGCGGGUUACUUAAUUCCCUUCUAGUACGAUACUGCGAUUGGUUCAUUGUUGUAAUUCCUCCUGCCUUUUUCUCUCUAAUUAACAUCAUGUAUACGAUCUGACGUCGGUACCGGAAACCUAACCGGACUGGUUACUGUGAGGGAUCAGUUCUAGGCCUGUCCAUUAUUUCGAGUCGUACCGUGUUUUUUUUUUCAUAGCAGCUGACAAAGCUUGGAGAGUUUCCUUGGUCAUUACUGCAGCUGCUGAGUGAUGAACCAUGAUGCACGACGAUCACCCGCUCACAUUGCUACCAUUUCCUGCAGGUGAUGAGGAUGGGUAUAGAAAGGAAGCGCUGAUGCCUUUAUAAAUACGGUCCCAACACCUAACUCACCAUCUACUCUUCGCGAGGCUAUAAUAGAGUCGCUCUUCAGCUCAUUACCAACUAGCCGACGAGGUUGGUAUCACUUUCGCCAUGCUAAGUCGAUUCAUAUGUUUUGUUACCAUUUGCGGGACGCUUGUUCGGGCGUCUACGGAAACUAGCUAUUCCUUCAAGACUGAAGGACAAUGCUCGACGACAUGGGGUAGUGGCGGGACAGUACCGAUGUCUCUUCCAACUUCGACAACUACCAGUACUGUCUCUUCGCUGAUCACAAAUGAAGUGGUAACGGUUCCUUCAUCUUCCACGGUUACCGCCGACGCUGUUACGACAACGGUACUUACGCAAACCUCUUGGACCUGGUCUGAGUCAACAAUUACUGUACCCACGACAACCCUUUGGCGUGGGGCUCAAUCGACAGUCGCUACUGCCUCAUGGCCCACUACAAUCUGUACUAACGAUGUGACUCCGUCCACCGUGACAGAGUACAGCGGUAGUUAUAUUCCUGUCUCGGGUCAAGUAACUACUGAGCCGGUUUCGUAUCCUUCGCAGGUCGUAUGCAGGACCGGGGUGACGUGGUUCACGUAUCUGGUCCCAAUAGCGACGUCCGGAGUGACAACGGUGACAGUGACGCCUACGAGUACAGUAUUCGCUCCCACCACGACUAUCACGGCCACUGCCUCGUAUUACACCUUUACGACAUUUGAAAGUACGGUCACAAGCGUCACAACAACGUACCGAGUUGCGACGAGCGUCGUAACCACCAGCAUAGCGUGUGAGGCUUCAACUACUACGACGUUUGCUGCUAAAUGUGCGCCGACGAAUGUCAUCAAGGGUAUUGGAGAGUUCGGCAUAGUGUCGGGAAAAUAUGCGAAAAAUAUUACGGUUACUUAUAUUCCCGAUGAGAGGUACAAUGAUCCCGGUGUUUGUUGUCAGCUCUGCCAGGAUAAUGAUGGAUGUGUCGGCAUGAUGGCAGGAAUCUCGGGAUUCUGCGGGCUAUACUACGUCGGCGCCCCGGACGGUGGUCCGGCGUGUGAUUUUGGCUUCACAUACCAAACUGAAUCUGAUAGGUUCCCGGGACAAGGUCUUUGGGUACAAUCCGGGUGUGGAGAAAUUGAAUAUAGCGGGAGCGACGGGGUAUAGAGCUGGAUGCUACGGACUUACCAGCAUACCGACAUCUGACGAAUAAGAGGAACUGAACAUCUUUCUACAGAAUAUGGCGGAAAAUCACCAGCCCUAUCGUAGAUCUUUAUCGAAUGAUACCAGUAUUAUUUAUACCGUUGUAAGUGAAGCUCAUCUAUGCCCCCGUAGUUAUUGCAUGGAGGUUUAUUCGGUGGUGGCGGGGUUAGGAGUUAAGAGCCCGAGUUUCCAAAAUAAAAAAGUGUUAGCGGUAACCUUCCUUUAAAAGUAGUCCCUUGAUCGUUGGUUUCGGCAUAUUAAAAUUAGAAUUAUUUAAUGUACCGAUAGCUUUAAAUAUUAAUAAAAAAAAAAUAAAAAAUCCA